UAUUCAUUUUCUAAAAAUAUCUAAAGGAAAGAAAAGUUGAUUAUCUGCGAAUAUAUCGACUUUCAUCGUGUGACACGUUACAGAAUCCAAGGUCUCGGUACACAUCAGUGCAUCUCUCUCUUUCUUUCUCUCUUGAGAGAAUAUAUAUAUAUAUAUAUUUCGAUAAAAAGUUACUUGACCGGAAAAAGUCCGCGCGCGCGCGCGCGCGCGAAAAUAGAUUUCCAAGAAUAAAAAUCCCAGACGAAUUGCAAAAUAAUUCGUAAUAACAAUCGAUGUUCAAAGUCCGGCCUUGCAUUUGAAUCAAUUUCGAGAUAUCGAAUCCGACUGUGAUUACCGGGCCGAAAAAUGAGUCAUGAAGAUUUGUUUCUUUGUUACACCGCAAUCUGUGACAACAAUCCGCGCCGAUUGUUUUUUCUCUUACGUUUUUUCGAGAUUAAUUUGUAUCAUGGCUAUCUUUUUUGUUCAAGUGCAAGGAGUGUAAGAUGGUCUCGGGAAUAAAGAACAGACCCGUAAAACGAGCUGAAGUUGCGCUUGAAUCGGAGAUUCAAGUCGGAAAACGUAUCAGGAAAACAUGAUUCGAAGAAGUGGCACGGAGACCUUUUAGCAGUGGCGCUAAUUUCAAAGCACGAGUUACGCAAAUGUGUGUACAAAUUGUUUGUUUUUUGCACACAUACGAAACUACAAGUUUCUAUAUAUGUUAAUUGUUCUGAAGUUUUCGUUUGAAUAAAGUGUGUUUUACAAAUAUGCAAAGCUUAUUUAUUAUUAACAAAAUUGACUUCAUACGUACGUUUUUUACAAGUAAAUAUGCACAGAUCGGUACAAAUGUUUCCGAUAAACUCUAGCUUAUCGGAUCUCAUGAUUUAAUGAUAAAAUUCAAAAAUUAUUUAAAUAUGCAAACAAUUCUUACGGCUGAGGUGUUAAAACUGCGAAGGUUAUGUUUACUGUACACGCGCGAGGCUGAUGACAAGUGGAAGAUAGAGCUCCAGCGACAUGAAAAUCUUAUCAGACAAAUGUCUCAUUCGUUUAGAAAAAUAGCAAAUCGUCGCGCGUCAUAUAAAACAGAGUGUCUUAAACGGGGGAAAUAAAAACUUGCUUGUACUUGCGUAAAAAAACACUAUGCGUCUCACGACCGAGAAAAGUGAGGUUAUAUGAUGAUACAUUUACUUUGAGAUUUAAACCUGUUGAGACAACGUACCGCGAUGUCGUCGGGAAGCAGGUCGAAACAUCGCUCGUCCAGCCGGGAACGCGCGCGUGACGACGACAGGAAGAGACAUCGCAGAAGCGAGGAACGCGAAUCCUCGAGAAACAACCGAGAGAAAUGUAAAUCCUCCGGUUUCGAAUCGCGGGGCGGCUCGUCGUCGAGGGAUCGUCGCGAGGAGACUGACGACGAUUUCUCUUACGGCAGGUACAAGCACGAAUUGAACAAGAUCUUCGCGGCCAAUCCGAAUCUUAUCCAUGAUGUCGCGGACUUUUGGAAGUUUGUCGAGAAGUACGAGUCCGUGAAGAAGCAGUUGGGCGACGGCGAAGAGCACGCGACCGAUCCCACUUUAAACUCCAUCGGAGUUCCGGACAAGUAUCACAAGUCUCAUUGUUUGAAUUUCAAGCUUUCUCUGUCCCACGGGGAAUUAUUCGCGCGGGUUCCCGAAGUAAAACAACUGACAAAGUCACGACUGUUGAGAUUCAGGGACGUGAUAGUUCUGUACUUGGAUUUCAAGCAGAAGGAGAAAUUUGGCAAGUUGAAAAAGCUGAGAGACAUGCAAGCUAAUUUGCCUGUCUCUCGUUAUAAGGAAGAAAUUAUGGAAACAGUUAAGAAGGAGAAGGUGGUCAUCAUUGCGGGAGACACAGGAUGUGGCAAAUCGACCCAAGUACCUCAGUACUUGUAUCAAGCUGGUUUUCAAAAAAUAGCAUGCACACAACCUCGAAGAAUAGCCUGUAUCUCAUUAGCAAAAAGAGUUACUUUUGAAACUUUGAGUGAGAACCUUAGCAAAGUUGGAUAUCAGAUACGUUUUGAAAAACAGAAGAACCAAGAGACAAACAUUCUGUUCAUAACUGAAGGUUUAUUGCUACGACAGCUAUCUGGUGAAGCCGUAUUAUCCACAUACGAUGUCAUAGUCUUGGAUGAAGUGCAUGAGCGUCACUUACAUGGAGAUUUUUUAUUAGGCAUUAUGAAAUGUAUUAUUAAUCAAAAGUCUGAUUUGAAACUGGUUUUAAUGUCAGCCACUAUUAAUAUAGAGCUGUUUAGUAAUUAUUUUGCAAAGGAAGAUGUUAAAGUAAUAGAAGUUCCUGGAAGAUUGUAUCCUAUUCAACUGCUCUAUCGUCCUGUAACUAUAGAUGACCUCAAAUAUAAAAAUGAUCGAUUUAAUCCAAGUCCAUAUGUACAAAUAUUGCAAAUAAUUGACAAAAAAUAUCCAGUCGACGAGAAAGGUGAUUUGUUAAUAUUUCUGAGUGGAAUAAGUGAAAUUACCGCUGUUGUGGACGCUGCCAAAGAAUAUAGUAUGAAAAAAAAUAAUUGGAUAGUUUUACCGCUCCAUAGUACCCUUUCUAUCGCUGAACAAGAUAAGGUAUUUGAUUACGCACCUGAAGGUGUUAGAAAAUGCAUUGUUGCAACCAACAUUGCGGAAACUUCUAUUACCAUAGACGGAAUCAGAUUUGUCGCUGAUAGUGGAAAAGUGAAAGAGAUGAGUUAUGAUCCGUCAUGUAAAAUGCAAAGAUUAAAAGAAUUCUGGAUCAGUAAAGCUAGCGCGGAACAAAGGAAAGGAAGAGCUGGUAGAACUGGACCUGGAGUUUGUUAUAGAAUUUAUUCGGAGGAAGAAUAUAACAUGCUGGAAAGAUAUUCGACGCCAGAAUUGCAACGCGUACCGUUGGAUUCUUCGCUAUUACAAAUGAUAGCGAUGGGACUUCCUGACGCACGCAAAUUUCCCUUUAUAGAACCACCACCGGCCGAUAGCAUCGAAAAUGCUAUACUUUCUUUGAAAGAUCACGGUGCACUUACGGAUAAUGAGAAGAUCACGUGUAUUGGUAAAACGUUAGCGCGGCUACCCGUUGAUAUUACAAUAGGAAAGAUGUUGAUAAUGGGAUCUAUUUUCCAUCAAGUGGAGCCCGUAUUGUCACUAGCCGCUGCGUUGAGUAUACAAAAUCCGUUCACUAACAGAUCGUACAGAGACGCCGAAUGCGAGACAUCUAGAAAGAAGUUAGAAUCUGAUCACGGUGAUCCAAUAACGUUACUGAACGCGUUUAAAGAAUGGCUGGAGGUGAAGCAGGAAAGCGCUCAAGAAUACAGAGGUAGCAGCAGCAGUAGCCGAAAAUGGUGUAGAAGAAGAGGUCUGGAAGAACAGCGCUUCUACGAAAUGACGAAGUUGAGAACUCAAUUUAAAGAAUUACUUCAAGAUUGCAGCUUACUCAAAAGUCUGCCGGAACCAAAUUCCUCCAUGACGAGCGCCGAGCGUGCGAUGAGACAUGGAGAACUAAAACUUCUGAAAUCUCUGAAAAGAACUUACAAACAGAGUGAACCCAGACGGCGUAAACAAUUAAAAGUAGAAAAAUUCGACAUACAGUUGGAAGACAAUGACGAAGACAAUGGAGAACUUGAUAUAAAGGACAUAGAGUUUCGAAUGAGAAAUGACUCGAGCCAGGUGCAGAAUCUGUUGACCGCGUCCACCGCUUGUAGCUACAAGGAUCUAACAAUGUUGAAGUUGAUAUUAUGUAGUGGUUUAUAUCCGCAAUUUGCUUGUGCCGACGAAUUCAAUUACUGCAAGUCUAUGAGCGAGCAAUUAUUUCACACGAAAGCAAAGCCGUACGUUGCUUUGCAUCCGAUGAGCUUCUUCGGAAAUCAUCCGCAAGUUCUGCAAAUCGAAGAAACGGAUACUGUAGCAAUACCAGGCUUUAAGAGCAAAUCUCCAGUUAGUUCUAAACAUCAGAUAUUGGCGUAUCUAUCUCUUUUGGAAACUACAAAACCGUAUCUAGUGAAUACUUUGAGAAUGCCGGCUGCACAAACGUUGCUAUUAUUUGCACGCGAAAUAGAUACUAACAGUACGUUUUCUAUAAUAGUAUGUGAUUCGUGGUUGAUGUUGGAAUUCCCUGUUCCUGACAGCGGUCAAACGUUAUUGAUGAAAGCUGCUAAAUUACGAAAUAAAUGGGAAUUUUUAUUGAAUCAACAGUUGCAAGGAUUCGAAAAUAACGAAAGAAAAGAUUUUGAUAAAAUUGAGCAAAGUCUUACGCAAGAACUGAUCGAAUAUAUGCACACUACAGUGCCGUAUACCAUAAAACGACUGUUACCAGCCGAUUUAAAGACAAUAUAUGUUCGCGAUGGCAAUAACGACAUGAGUGUAGAACCCAAUCCUUUUCACCCUGAUUUCAAGAGUGUACCGAAUGUAAUUAAAGGUGGAGUCUACGUAACAGACAGUAUUACAUACAAUUGCAUAAGGGAAACCGAAUGGAGUGAAUAUCUAAUCGCACAAAUGUUCGAAACCGAAUGGCAUUGUCAAAAUUGUGAUUUUCAAGCGACUCUUUGUAGUAUAGAAAAACUUCAGCAUCAGAAUUCUUGCACUGUUACAAACGCAAAAGACGAGAUCGACAGAGAACGUGAAAAUAAAACGCGCAAACCCAAUAGUCAAGCGUACGAAUGUCCUGAUUGUUCGCAAACACUGUAUCUCACACCUAUUGAAAUAUUAAAGCAUAAAAAGCUACAUAUUAAAAGCUAAUGUUUAAAAUAUCUGCCACGUAAUCUGUACAUACAAUUGAAAUAUAUGUAUUUAUUUUACA